UGCUUAUUAUUUUAUUUUUACUACGACUGCAUAUUAUUAAUUAAUUAAUUCAUUUCUUCAGCAAACAAAAUUUCUCACCAAAAAGCUGCAACAGAAUCGACUAUUUCCAGCAAAUGUGUGCGCAGGUUAGCAGCAUGCACACUCUUUGCCACUUCUUCCAACCCAAUUAAACUAACACCUACAAAAAUAAAAUAAUGCAGCUGAUCGAUGAGAGAGAAAGUAAAUAAAUCUAGAGAGAGAGAAUGAAAUAAAGCCUAAAGGCCGAUCCUUUAUUUUUUUUUAAUUUCCCCCUCUGAAAGGUCAAUUUCUUUUUGAGAGAAAAAAAAAAAAACACUUGAUAAUCCGACCACUCACGCUUCGGUCCGCGUGCUUUGAUUCAAGAAAAAGAAAAAAAAAAAAAGAAACCGACCCCUCUGAAUUUUAUUUAAUUUUGUUUAUAUGUAUGUUUUGUUGGGUUUUAACUUGUUCCCUUUUGUUGGUGCUGCUGUUUGAUGGGUGGGUGGGGUUUGUUGUUUCUUGAAAAAUAGCCCCACCAUAUAUACAUACAUACAUAGUAGAUUGAUUCAUCAGCGUCGUCUGUGUUUUUUUUUGUUCCUUGGUUUUGGAUUUUUAGGGCAUCCCCUCUUUGAUUGGUUCCUCUCAUACUAGUACUAGAUUCUCUGUAAUAAUAAUACUCUCCCCUGUUUUUUUUUUUUUUUACAUAGCUCCAAGAAAGACUCAAUCUUUGUUUGUUUUCGGAGAUUUUAAUGUUUGGUGAAGUGAUGGGGUAAUAAUAAAUCAAGAAUGGGUUCUGUUGAGGAAAAAAUGAAACCAGGUUGUUUGGUUAGUGGUGGUGGUGGUGGCCAUAAUCUUCUUGAAGGGAUGAAACUCUUGAAAGAAAUGCAUGAUAUUAGUAAUAAUAAUGGGGUGAAGAAGCAGAUAAACUCAGAAUUAUGGCAUGCUUGUGGUGGUCCAUUGGUUAACUUGCCUCAAGUUGGAAGCCUUGUCUAUUAUUUUCCACAAGGCCAUAGUGAACAGGUUGCGGUGUCGACUAAUAGAGCAGCAACUGCACAAAUACCGAAUUACCCGAAUCUUUCCCCUCAGUUGCUUUGCCAAGUCCACAAUAUUACACUCCAUGCAGACAAAGAAACCGACGAAAUUUACGCCCAAAUGAGCCUCCAGCCUGUGAAUACUGAAAAAGAUGUAAUUCCCGUACCGGAUUUUGGGCUGAAACCGAGUAAGCAUCCGACCGAAUUCUUCUGCAAAACUUUAACCGCAAGCGAUACAAGUACACAUGGCGGCUUCUCAGUCCCUCGUAGAGCUGCAGAGAAGCUAUUUCCACAAUUAGAUUACUCGAUGCAACCUCCCACGCAAGAACUCGUCGUCCGUGAUUUGCACGAAAAUACAUGGACUUUUCGCCACAUUUACCGGGGACAACCGAAACGACACCUACUCACAACCGGCUGGAGCAUGUUUGUUGGUGCGAAACGCCUUCGAGCCGGUGACUCAGUUCUCUUCAUAAGAGACGAAAAGUCGCAGCUUAUGUUGGGAGUGAGACGAGUAAAUCGCCAGCUGGCAACUCUACCGUCUUCGGUUUUGUCUGCCGACAGCAUGCACAUUGGAAUACUCGCUGCAGCUGCUCAUGCGGCUGCUAGUCGAAGCCCCUUUACUAUCUUCUACAAUCCAAGAGCAUGUCCAGCAGACUUUGUUAUUCCAUUUGCUAAAUACCAAAAAUCGGUUUACGGCACACAACUAUCGAUCGGUAUGCGGUUCGGUAUGAUGUUUGAAACUGAAGAGUCCAGUAAAAGAAGAUAUAUGGGCACGAUUACGGGUAUGAGCGACUUAGAUCCACUGCGAUGGCCUAAUUCGAAGUGGCGUAGUCUUCAGGUGGAGUGGGAUGAGCCUGGAUGUGGCGAUAAGCGAAACAGAGUUAGCCCGUGGGAAAUCGAAACUCCGGAAAGUCUAUUCGUAUUUCCGUCUCUAACGGGCAAUAAUUUCAAACGCCCUUUCAACUCUGCAUUUCUUGGAGCACAACCAGAAUGGGAGAGUUUGGUGAAUAGACCUUUCAUUCGAGUCCCCGAAUAUUCACCGGUCGAUUUUCAAUGCCCCUCGAUACCGAACAUGUGGUCCGAUCAGCUAAUGAAGAUGCUUACUAGCAAACCUAAUAAAUUACCUAUCAUGCAAGAUGCAAAUGAUACUGCACCACCACCACCACAAGAAUCGAAAUCCGUGACGGUGCAAUCUCCGGAUGUGUUUCAACAAGGACAGAAUCGUAAUUUCGCAAACACGAGUAAUAAUAUACCGCCACCCGUAAAACCAGCCACAUCCAACAAAAUCGGAAGCCAAAUAUCUUCGGAAACUAGUUCCGAAUUAAUCCACCCUACUAAUAACGGGCUGCAAUCAAGUGGGUGGGUCCCACAGCCGACCCGUUUCGACCCGCCCGUUAUUAAUCAGACCCAGCAAAUCGACCCGUUUCAAGUGGACCCGCAACCACUUCAAUAUUCGGGUCUGAUCGAUUUCGCUUCGUACCCUCCGAUGAGUUCUCCUUCCGGAACGUUCCAGAAUCCCGGAACUUUUUCCAUGAUCAAGAAAUCGGAUGGCAUCGGUUCUUUAGGACAAGAGAUGUGGGACCCGCCUCAUUUUAACAACGAUGUGUACAGCUGUCUGAAUCUUGAUUGUAGUAACAGUGGGAGCACGGUGAUUGAUCCUUCGUCUGUUUCGAGCAUGGUUUUGGAGGAUUUUUGUCCGUCGAAAAACCCUGAUUUUCAGAGCCCGUCGGAUUAUAUUAAUGUGGGGAACUAUUGUUCGAACCAAGAUGUGCAGUCACAGAUUACGUCGGCUAGUUUGGCGGAUUCCCGUAAUUUCUCUGUGCAAGAAUAUGCUGACAAUUCGGGCGGAGCAUCUUCGAGCAACGUGGAGUUUGACGAGGGUAAAAUAUUGCAGCAAAGUUCGUGGCAGCAAGUCACUCCUAGGUUCAGAACUUACACUAAGAUUCAAAAGGCAGGAUCUGUGGGGAGAUCGAUUGACGUCUCGAGUUUCAAAAAUUACGAUGAAUUGCGAUUAGAAAUCGAGCGAAUGUUUGGGCUCGAGGGUUUGCUUAAUGACUUGGGUUCCGGAUGGAAGCUCGUUUAUGUGGACUUCGAAAACGACGUUCUUCUCGUUGGAGACGAUCCUUGGGAGGAGUUCGUCGGGUGCGUGAAGUGCAUUAGGAUUUUAUCGCCGUCGGAAGUUAAGCAGAUGGGUGAAGAGGGAAUGGAGCUUCUAAACUCUGUUGUGUGUUAAUGGAGCAUUCAUUAUUUGUGUGUUGUAAUUUCUUUUCUUGAGUAGAAAAAACUCUUUUGUAGGAAGGUACUUUUCUUAGGGUUUAAUCAAGAUUUAAUAUAUAAUGCUGAUUCUGA